AUGAAGAUCUUUGUGACUCUUUCGCUGACACUGGCAGCACUGGCAUCCGCGGAUAUUUCUCUCCGAAAUGGCUACAAUUACCAAGUGCAACAGCAACCACAGUUUAACGAUGCCCAACAACCAUUGAUCUCGCACUUAAUCAACUCGCUAUCCCAACAACAACAGCUGCAGCAACAACAGCCGCAACACUUGCCAGGUAGCAUUCACAAUCCUAUGCAAAUAACUCAACCCAGUCAACAAUAUCCGCCGCCUUUGCAACAAUCAAGACGGCCCUUAUUACCGCAACAACAAUUGUCGUCACUGCCACCACAACAACAGCUGCAAACACUGCCGCAUAUACAGUCACUGCCACCACAACAACAAGUACAAUCACUACCGCUACAGCAGCCCCUCGGACGUUUGACACAGCACCCAGCAGCAUUACCGAUGCCAUCUAACUUCCCAUUGCCCAUUGCACCAGUGAGCGCUAUCAAGCAGUCACGCCGCUUGCGAUCACGCGCGAAAGUGCCAAAGAAGGCUAUAGUCACCAAGAGUUUCUUCAUACACUCAGCACCCGAGGAGAAUGAGGAGGAGGUUCAGGAUGAACUCAAUCAAUUGGCCGCUCAACCACGCAAACACUACAAUGUACUGUUCGUGAAGACACCAGCGCAAACCAGUAAGGCUGCGGCUGUCAAUCUGGCCAAGGCGUUGAACGAGGAAAAGACUGUUGUGUAUGUAUUGUCGAAGAAGACCUCAGCCGCUGACUUGCAGGAUGCCAUACAAGAGGCGCCACAACACAUUAACAAACCCGAAGUGUUCUUCAUUAAAUAUCGCACACCCGAGGAGGCGGCCAAUGCACAGCGACAAAUCCAAUCGCAAUACGACAGUUUGGGUGGUACCUCCACCAUUACCGAUGAAGGUUUAGCGCCAGUCACAUCGGUUGUGGGCUCACUCGAUGCAUCCGAGGAGGAAGAUGUGGAAGACGAGCAGCAGUUGGUUCAACAACAGCCGGCAGCUCAAGAUGGUUCAUACGAAGAUCAAUUUCCGAAUGCCAUCAAUCCACCAGCCAGUGGUCAGUACUUACCACCCCUGAAUCAGUACUAA